GUUGAAGUGCAAACGUCUCAAGCGGAAAAUCAAAGUUGUAAAGUUGCAAGCCACAAUUGAGAGCGAGAGCAACGCCAAAUUACCAAGUUGAAUGAAGUUAAAAGAAGCAAGAAUUUGCAAUAAAUCGAAAUAAAUCACGGAUCUAAUGAAUUAUGCGCGUGACUUGGCCAAAUGCCACAUAAUUUAUAUACGUACAUACGAAAUUUGCAUAUAGCGUAGUAGAGCCAAGACGGCGCGAUCUUAAAGUUAACCCACUUUCUAAACGACCAAAUUGAAAAUAAAACCCCAAAACAAGCAAGCAACAACAACAACAACGAAACAAAUUAACGAGCAAAUAAUUUUGAAUUGUGAAUAAAUAACUAAUACAAAAGCGUUAAGGUGCAAGUGAUUCAUGGGAAACGAUUAUUUUUUCUGUGUUUUUGUUCAAAAAAGAAAAGGUGCACAAUCGAAUUCUAACUAAAAUCUAACCGGGCUCCGCCCCCAAACUAGUGCAACAAACAAAAAAUCGGCUAAAAAUACGAAAUAUUUCUUAACGAGAAAAAGUUGAACUGAAAACGAUAGCGUUACCGGAAAACGUUCCAUCGCCCCCGCUUCAGGCACUCAAUGAAAACCGCAGCAGGAGUAUAAGUUACACCUACAGACCACAACGCGACGACGGAGGUGAAGAGGGAGCCUUUUUGCAUUCCCUUUUGAGCCACGAAACGAGUUAACGAGACGCGUUCAAUAGACGUGUUCCAUAGGUUCAAUCGACCAACAACUAUAACAACAACAACAACAAAAAAGCGAAAAGGAACAACAACAAUAACCUAAAACGAUUCAACGGACGGGAUCUGUUUCAUGGUUGCAUAUUUCAUAAUCUGUGCUUAAGCAUAACCUUUUUGGUGUAUGUUUAGACCAUAAAAAACUUGCUUUUGGGCAUCGUCUUAGCCUGGUUUCGCAUUUCACCCCGAAAGCACAAAAACAAAAAAAAAAACAACUUGUUGUCGGCCAAUAAUUUCUUUUACUUUUUAUUUCGCCCUCUUGUUGGAUAAUUAUUACUUUACCGUGCUGACGCUGAGAAAUUUUUCCUCUGCUUUUUUAUUCGGUUGGUCUGCAUAAACAACCAGCGGACAAUCGAAGUAUACACACACAGAGGAGAUCGAGUGGCCGAUAGACUGGACAGGAGCAAAGUUCAAGCAGAAUAUGGCCUAUUGUUGCUAUUAAUUGGACAUCGAGCAUAGCAACAACAGCGAAUCACAGACCAGAGACCAUGUCAUCCUCGAUCUGUUCGCAUUUCACGCAAAACGCCUGGAAAAAGGAUUUGUGCUCGAAUUGCUUCAAGUCUAAGGAUGAGCACAAAGCAGCAGCUGCAGCAGCCGCCGCCAAGAUGGGCACAACACAAAAGUCAGAUGGCCCCGGAAAGACUGAUUAUCCCAAUAAGCACAAAACUCCGGCCAAGAGCAUUAUAAAAAAGGCAUUCGGAGUACGUCUAACCAGCAGCAGUUCCAGCAGCAAUACCAGCAGUAGUUCCUCAAAGUCCAGCGCCAACUCCAAAUCGGGCAAAGUUUGCUUUCCCAAGCAACUGCAUGAGAUCAUUGGCUAUGGCGGCGAAUGGACGGAUGAUGACGAUGACGAUGAUGAUCAUGACUUUAUGAAUCUGGGCAAUGAGCACGACGAUAUGGCUGUAACGGAAACAGACGAUGAGGAAACUGUCGAACUGAAACGCAUUACGCGAGCCAACACAGAUUUCAAUAUGAAUAAUGGCAACUUGCUGGGCGAUAUCGAGGAGAAUAUUAAGAAAUCGUUUGCCGCAUUAAAACUGGGUGCUCCCCAAGUGGACAAAGAGGGCAAGAAGCAAACGCUUACCAUCAAUGUAAUGCCAUUUGGUCAGCCAAAUGCCAAGAACAAGGCAGCUUCUUCGGCAAAGAAUGCUGCCCCAACAGCAACUGCAACUACAACAUCAACAACAACAGCAGCAGCAGCAGCCACGACAGUUAAAGCCAAGCCUGCAACCAUAACCACGAAAAAGGUGGUGACAACAACACUCACGCCCACACUGACAAUGGCCAAGAGCACGACGGCAACAUCUUCAAGAGAUGGCAAGGACAGUCCACCCAUAGAGCGGGCCAUGGAGAAAUCUCUGCUGGAUGAAAUCUCUGAAACUUUGGAGCAGAAACAGAAGCAAAACGAAACAACAAAAGCACAAGCAUCUUCCACAGUCACAACAACAAUUGCAGCAGGGAGUUCCAGCAGCAGCAGCGGCAGCGGCAGCAACAAAAUCAAAUUCGAAUUGAGUGCAUUAAGCGACUCGCCAAAGCCAUUUCUCGACCUUAAGAAGCCAAUCGCGCGAAAUGCGCCCAUAACCAAGGAUCAUGCCAAGCCCAGGGUGAAUGUGUGCCACAAAUAUUCCGAUACGGACAGCAACUGUUCGGAUACAGAGAAUGGUGUAUCCGCCUAUUACGAUGUCGUGGAGACACAGCUAAGCUAUGAGAAUCUACCCGAUGGCAAGUACAGUGAACAGGUGGGAGUGGCCACUGCCCAGUUGUCCACUGAGACAAGCAGCACAUCGCACUAUUCGAGCUCUCAAUACAUCACAGACAUGUUGCUCAGUUCAAAGACACGCGCCGCCAGUUACAAUCUGCACGAGGGCAACUUCAUGACCAGCAAGAUCACAUCAGAUGGUCUCAUUGUGACCAAAUGCAGUUCGGAUGAUGCCCUCGACUCCACGGGCAGCAGUUUCGAUGGCAGUUCCGAUGAGGAGAAUACCUACAAUAUGAUACGUAGCGAAUCGGACUCGGGCAUAGGCAUCAGCAUUGGCAGUGAUUACAAGAAUGCGGGAGCCGUCAAGGCUGCCAACGAACAGCGUCAACUGAAGGAGGAAAAGGAGAAGAAGUUAAGCGCCAGCACUAACAAUUCCGACUACGAGGACAUACAGAUCGGACCCGAUCAUUCGGCGACUGGUGGGACAGGAAAACCGGCCGUCAAAAGUCGUGAGUUGCAUGGGGAACCCGAUGGCAGUGCCGAUCCGGACAAUAGCCUGGAACAGAAGCAAAAGAUCGAUUUGGAUUCCAGUCCACAACAGUUGCCCGCAUUGCCCAAGUCCCCGCCACCGCCGAUGAAAAUGGAUGCGCGCCCCUCAUUCCUACAUGGCCUGAAGAAGCCAGAGCUUCCAGUCAAACCACAGCCAAUUGUUAGCAGCAACGGUGUCGGCGGCAUUUGUUCGUCUCCUCUGAAGACAUUUAUGAGCAAGCGUCAGCCCGGCUUGGCCGAGCAGCAAUUUAUCACUCAGCUCCAAUCGGCUAUUUCCAAAUCGAGCGAGAAUCUGCUGGCGUCGUCUCUCGACGAUGCCAAGCUAAAGAAGGGCAAAGCGCCAAAUCCGCCACCAGAGUCCAAACUAAGCGCUCCACCCACGCCGGAACGAGACUACAGUCUGGUAGUUGAGUUCGAGAAGGCAUCUCUGGUGGAGGCAACCGCGGAUAAAGCCCAGACAGGUAGUGUGAGUGAGAUAGAAGCAACAUCAGCAGAUACUGCUUCAGUCCCGGCCCCAGCAACAGCCACAUCAGCCGCGAAUGCUGUAGCCACAACUCCCACUAAUUUGUAUACACGAAAACCCCCGCUGCCAGGAACCGUUACCGGUGGAGCCCCUGUCAUACGGGAGAAGGACAAACGUGAGCGAGCCGUCAUUAAUCCCAAGUUUCGCAGUCUUAACACCUUCGUGAUGCAACGGGCCAAUGCGGCAAAGCAGCUGCAACUGCAAUCGGCCAGUUCAGUGCUGAAUCUUAAACAGCCUCUGACGCCAGAGCCCACGCCACGAAAUCAGCGCCAUUUGUCCAUGUCCGAAGAGUGUCUAGCAGCGGCGGCGGCAGCAUCAUCAUCAUCAUCAUCACUGGUGGACAGCAAAAAGUCGCUAGCAUCAUCAUCAUCGCCACCACAAAAGCAAAAAUCGAAAUUCUCGAUCAAAAAGUUUCUGCGCAUGGGCAGCAACAGCGGAGGGAGCAGCGGCAGCAAGUCCAAUGGCAGUAGUGAGCACAUUCACCACAAGAAGGAUGGCAGUGUCUACAGCGAGAUCUGCACAGGUGACGAGGGUGGCAGUGUGUCCGGCAAGCCACGCCUUGUAAUCAUUCAUCCCAUUGACAUUAAUCCCUCGUGUGUGGAGGUGGUCAAAGACAUAACCAAGACAAACGAUACGGUUACGGCCCAGACAAUUGCAGUGGUGACAUCGAAACCACCGGCUCCACCACUACGCGCCUCCGCCGAAGGGCAACGCAAUGCCCAUGAGGCCAACAAGCCGUCACGUCCGCCGCCACCAAAAAGUGCCGAACUGAGACGCAAGCAGAAGACCGAACUCACUGCCACGCUCAGUGGCAGCAGCGUGGAGUCGACCACUCUGCCCAGCAGUGGAAGUGCUGGCGGCGUUGGCGGUUCCAUCAAGCUGAAGGCCGAUAAUGUCUAUGCCAAUCUAGGCGAAAUACGCUCAUCCAUUGCACCCCGCAAGCCAGAGCGCACGGCCAGCAUGCGGGAACGUGAGGCACAAUUGGAAUCGGUGCGUAAGCGGGGCAUUUUAACCGAUACUAUCUCCAUUUGCUCGUCAAACGGUGAUAAUGUAACGUCCGCAAAGGCACCUAUUAACCCCGAAGUGGCUGGAUGCAAAACGAAUCCCUUGGCAUCCAAUACAAAUAGCCGCACUAGCACUUUUGAACGUCAGCCCCAGAAGAAGAACGAAGCAAAAAUGACCAUUUCCAGUAAAUUGGAAAUAUUCGAACAGCGUUCUGGCGCAUCCAACAACAUCGAUAGCACGGACAGUGCCCAGUCACGGAGCAGUCUCAAAGAUUCAGUUAGAAAGAUCAAUAGUACCAUUGAUAGCUAUUUGAAGGAUAAACGCGACUAUGAGAAUAUGUAUGAAUUUGUCAAAAUGGGCAAUGGCCCAUCGACCACAGCUGCCGCUGGACCACCACCAACAACAACGACAACAUCAUCAUCAUCGAAUUCAAAUUCAGUUCCGCCGCCGCCACCCGCACGCACCAAUAUCGAUCUGGCUGCUGUGGCUGGACAGCGACUUACCCAGGCCACCAGACGUAAUAACAUAUACUCGGACACGGCAUCAAUAGCCAGUUAUACGCGCAGCGAAUACGGACCCGUGCGUAGUUAUGGUCUUCACAACAGCUUGGCCAACAUUCCACGAGUCAUUUCGGCCUCAUAUGCGGGCAGCGAGGUGGGUGAAUUUGACAUUUAUGCACCGUACAGUUACUAUGGCAGCGAAGCAGGCGGAGAUGUGGCAACGGAUAUAAAUGACAGUGUCUGGGGCAUGCCUAUGGCCAACAAGAACCGUAGCAAGGCCACGAAUCGUUUGCGCAUGCGCAAAGGACGCAGUGUCGUGCACAAAACCAUUGAGGAUAACUACACCGCCGUUGUAGUGGCUAAUCAUGAGGCUCUUGCCCAGGUACUCGAUCAGCUUCAGCAAACUCCUGUAGUUCCAUCAGCCCUACGACCUUUGGCCAAUGCCAUAAACUUGCGCUACGAAGACUUCACAAUUCUGGAGGGUGGCCAAGCUUUUGUUGUGGGCAAGAAAGCCUUCCAUGCAGCUUUGUGGACAUCAUCGCCAGUGACAUUGGCCCUAUCGGCCGAUUGCAAUCAACUGGGUGGAGUGGGAGGAGAAUUAAGCCAACUGAGUGGCGGCAUUUGCGAUGUACUUAAUCCCAUUACCGAGUUCUGUGACUUGGUGCCCAGCUAUCAGCUACCCUUGAUGCCUUCAACAGAGGUCACUUUGCUGCAGGCCACCAUUUCGGUGUUGCCUAGAUUGCAGCUGGAAACGUUGCAAUCGAUUGGAGCCAUACUCAAGGGCAAGUCGCAGGUGUUGGACAAGAGUAAUUUCAAUUUCCGCGGCUCCAUUCCGAAUUUGAGUGGCCUUAAGGAUGCAGUUGGCGGUGCCAAUGGACUUCGUAACGUCGUUUCUGUUCAGAAUCUGAGCACUCUGAACGAGGAGUCGGCCAAUCCAAAUCCGUCUCCCAUUGCGGAGGAUUCCACAUCCCCCUCGAAUGUCAUGCCCGCAUUUGAUGAUGUGAUGACAAGGGAAGUGGCCUUUAUAAUGCUGCAAUUGGUGAAUGGCAUGAAAAAUCUGCAAGCCAAAGCCAUUGAGGAGAUUCCCCUGAGUCUGUCCAAUGUGGUGCUGUCCAAGGAUAUAGAUAACAAGGACGCCCAAGCACGUCUCUGUGUGCUCCAGGGCAAUAACAACGACGACGAUGAACCCAUGGGAACGCUGUGCAAGUGUGCCCACUCUGCGCUAUGCGAUUUACUGCCUCCCACAAAGAUUACUCCCAUUCUGGCCGAUAUACUUUCGCAGGAACGUGCCGAGUCUCUGUCCAAGGCGAAAUCUGUGCUCGAAUUUGUCCUUUGGGGUCCCUCAGAUGUCGCGUUGUCCGGCUCGACAAAGGAACGUGAAUUGGCCUUACAGCGUUGGCUCGACCUGGAACGGGCCACUGUACUCCAUGGCCUGGUACGCACACGAGUCGAACUGACCGUCUACGAUGAGUGUCAUUUAAUGUUCCUCGUUCGAUCCACUGCCAAAAUGAUGAACGAUGCAGCGAAAAUUGUCUGCAGCUACCAGCAGCCCAAUGCUGAGUAGCUCUAGUUAAUUUAAAAACAAAUUUUAUGGAAUUUUCCAAUAUAUUUAUUUUACGAAAACUGUCAUAGACGUUUAGUCCUUAGCGAGAUGGGUUAUAUAUAGCCCAAAAAUUUACUUUAUAUAUAAAUACAUAUGAUAUAUGCAUAAAAACAUACGUACAGAUACGAAAAUGAUAUAAUCUGAUAUACUGAUAUAAUAUGAUAUUUACGAUAUGCAAUUUAUAUUCUUAUGUAUUUGCCUUUGCCCCAGCGUGCCAAAUUUGUUUUGCACGAAAAUUGUCAUGUAAUUAUACAUAAACUUAUUUGUUUUAGUUUAAGACUAAGCAUUAUUAUAUUAAUCUAUGCAAAAUAUUUUGAUAUACUUAAUCCAAUGACAAGUUUAUUCGAUUAGAACAAAAACUUUGGUGUUUGAACAAAUAUAAAUAUAUAAAAUAUUGUAUACUCUCA